ACUUCCUGCUCCGCCCCUUGAGCUGGGAGGACUGGAAGGGAGGAGCAGGGCUGGCCUCCAGAUACAAGUGGGAAUUUGUCUCUGCUUAUCAGCAUUAGAAUUCCUGACCAGGAAAGACCCCCCCCCAACUUGGGGGUUCUCAGCAGCAGAAGCCCCCCAUCAAGAGCAAAUAGGCGGAAGAGCAAGGAGCACAUUUUCCUCUGCAGUAGAUGGCACUCCGGAACAUACUGACGGUGGGCAAGAAAGACCCUGAAGCUGGAAUGAGAGCAGGAAAAGAGUUGAGUGCCAGGGAACUCUGGGAGAGAACAAGGCCAAAGAGCCUCCUGGGUGAGGAUGCCCUUGGCUUGGAUGUGCAGCGCCAGCAGUUCAGGCGGUUCUGCUACCAGGAGGCCGAGGGCCCCCGAGACGCAUGCAACCAACUCCACCAACUUUGCCUCCAGUGGCUGAAGCCAGAGAGGCACAGCAAGAAGGAGAUGCUGGACCUGGUGAUCCUGGAACAGUUCCUGGCUGUCCUGCCCCCGGAGAUGGAGAGCUGGGUGAGGGAAUGCGGGCCGGAGACCAGUUCCCAGGCGGUGGCCCUGGCAGAAGGCUUUCUCCUCAGCCAGGCAGAGAAGGAGAAAGAGCAAGUGUGCAGACUAUUCAUGGAGUCAGAAAACGAUCUGUCUGAGACCUGCCAGAAUCCACAAUUCAGGGCCUUCAAGCAGGAGGAUCCAAUGUGGGACACUUUGCCUGGUUUUGGAACAAUGCUUCCUGAGUCAUCUCCUCUUUGUCCUGGCAUGGGAGUAGCCAUUAUGCCACCAGCUGGGACCGAGGAAGGUCCCGUGUCCCUUGAGGAGGUGGACGUGGACUUCACCAAGGAAGAGUGGGAGCUGCUGGAUCCGGGCCAGAGGGCCCUGGCCAUGGAAGUCAUGUUGGAGAAUGUGGGGAACGUGGCCUCUCUCGGAGAACUUCGGACUCCCAAACCUGAUCUCAACUCCUGCCCAGAAGAAGAAGAGGACAAAAUGGUGUUUGCUCAGAGCUAUAUGGAAAUAAAGAUAGAAACAGUUGAAGAUGUGUGGGAGAUGGUGAAUGAGAAGGAAUCAGAAAGGCGAGCUCUGGAAAUAGACAACAGGCCAAUGGAGGAAGCAAAAUCUGAGGAUCAAGCAGCACCUGAGACACAGUGCAGAAGGAAAAGGGAAGGAAAACAGAAGCAAUGGAAGGAAUUGGUGGCCGAUCAGAGCAGAAGCAGUUUUGAGGUCUCAUCCGAAGAUGAAACAGGGAAAAGGGUUUUGCAGAAUGGGUUCUGCGGAAAAUUCAGUCUUCAAACAUAUCAGGAUGUUACACCAUGCUGGAAAAGGUAUAACUGUAUAGAAUGCGGGAAGUGGUUCUAUUGGGACAGUGCAAGAAUUAGACAUCAAAUGACUCACACUGGGGAGAAGUCAUAUAAAUGUUUGGAGUGUGGAAAGUGCUUCUCUCGGACUGAUUACUUAACAGCACAUAAAAAGGUUCAUACAGGGGAGAAGCGAUUUAAAUGCUUGGAGUGUGGAAAGUGCUUCUCUCGGAAUAGCUAUCUACUAGCACAUCAAACAAUUCAUACCGGGGAGAAGCCGUAUAAAUGCUUGGAGUGUGGAAUGUGCUUCUCUCAAAAUGCCCAACUAACUGCACAUCAAACGAUUCAUUCUGGGGAGAAGCCAAAUACAUGCUCGGAGUGUGGAAUGUGCUUUUCUCAUACUGAGACUCUAAUAGCGCAUAAAAAGGUUCAUUCAGGGGAAAAUCCAUUUAGAUGCUUGGAGUGCGGAAAGAGCUUCUCUCAGAAUAGCUAUCUACUAGCACAUCAAACAAUUCAUACCGGGGAGAAGCCUUAUAAAUGCUUGGAGUGUGGAAUAUGCUUCUCUCAAAAUGCUCAACUAACUGCACAUCAAACAAUUCAUUCUGGGGAGAAGCCAAAUAUAUGCCUGGAGUGUGGAAUGGGCUUCUCUCAUACUGAGACCCUAAUAGCGCAUAAAAAGGUUCAUACAGGGGAAAAUCCAUUUAGAUGCUUGGAGUGCGGAAAGUGCUUCUCUCAGAAUAGCUAUCUACUAGCACAUCAAACAAUUCAUACCGGGGAGAAGCCUUAUAAAUGCUUGGAGUGUGGAAUGUGCUUCUCUCAAAAUGCUCAACUAACUGCACAUCAAACAAUUCAUUCUGGGGAGAAGCCAAAUAUAUGCUCGGAGUGUGGAAUGUACUUCUCUCAUACUGAGACCCUAAUAGAACAUAAAAAGGUUCAUACAGUGGAAAAUCCAUUUAGAUGCUUGGAGUGCGGAAAGUGCUUCUCUCAGAAUAGCUGUCUACUAGAGCAUCAAACAAUUCAUACUGGGGAGAAGCCUUAUAAAUGCUUGGAGUGUGGAAUAUGCUUCUCUCAAAAUGCUCAACUAACUGCACAUCAAGCAAUUCAUUCUGGGGAGAAGCCAAAUAUAUGCUUGGAGUGUGGAAUGUGCUUCUCUCAUACUGAGACCCUAAUAGCGCAUAAAAAGGUUCAUACAGGGGAAAAUCCAUUUAGAUGCUUGGAGUGUGGAAAGUGCUUCUCUCAGAAUAGCUAUCUACUAGCACAUCAAACGAUUCAUACUGGAGAGAAGCCUUAUAAAUGCAUGGAGUGUGGGAUGUGCUUCUCUCAAAAUGCCCAACUAACUGCGCAUCACAUGAUUCAUUCUGGGGAGAAACCAAAUAUAUGCUUGGAGUGCGGAAUGUGCUUCUCUCAUAUUGAGACCCUAAUAGCGCAUAAAAAGGUUCAUUCGGGGGAAAAUCCAUUUAGAUGCCUGGAGUGUGGAAAGUGCUUCUCUAGGAAUGACACCCUAAGAUCACAUCAAAAGACUCAUACUGUGGAGAAGCCAUAUAAGUGCUUGGAGUGUGGAAAGUGCUUUUCUUGGGAUGGUGCCCUAAAAGCACAUCAAAAAAUUCAUACUGGGGAGAAGCCAUAUAAAUGCCUGGAGUGUGGAAAGUGCUUCUUUUCAAAUAGUGACCUAACUAGACAUCACAGGAUUCACAUAGGAGAAAAGCCAUAUAAGUGCUUGGAGUGUGGAAAGUGCUUCUCUCAGAGAGGUAACCUAAUAGUACAUAAAAAGGUCCAUACAGGGGAAAAACCAUAUGAAUGCUUGGAGUGUGGAAAGUGCUUCUCCCGGAUUGAUAACCUAGAAGCACAUAAAAAGCUUCAUACAGGGGAAAAGCCAUUUAAAUGCUUGGAGUGUGGAAAGUGCUUCUCUCGGAAUGGCUAUCUACUAGCACAUCAAAUGAUUCAUACUGGGGAGAAACCAUAUAAAUGCUUGGAGUGUGGAAAGUGCUUCUCUCGGAAUGGCUCUCUACUAGCACAUCUAACGAUUCAUAAUGCGGAGAAGACAAAUGCUUGGAGCGUGGACAGUUCUCAGCAGCAGCAGAAGUCCCCCACCCCACCUCCAGGAGCAAAAGAGGCAGAAGAGCAAGGAAAACUUUUUUCUCUGUGGCAGGUGGCACUCAGGCACACAAAGAUGGUGGGCAAGAAAGACCUUAAAGCUGGAAUGGGAGUAAGGAAAGGCUUGGGUGCCAGAGGACUGUGGGAGAAAGCAAGGCAGAAGAACCUCCUGGGUGUGGAUGCCCUUGGCUUGGAUGUGCAGCACCAACAAUUCAGGAGAUUUCGCUACCAGGCGGCCGAGGGCCCCCGAGACGCAUGCAGCCACCUCCAUGAACUUUGCAAGCAGUGGUUGAAGCCAGAAAGGCGCAGCAAGAAGGAGAUGCUGGACCUGGUGAUCCUGGAGCAGCUCCUGGCCAUCCUGCCCCCGGAGAUGGAGAGCUGGGUCUGUGGACCAUUCACGGAGAUGUUUGCUGAGUCAGAAAAGGAUCUGUCAAAGACCUCUCAGAAUGAACAGAUGUGGGCCUUCAAGCAGGAGGAUCCAACAUGGGACACCUCGCCAGGCAAGGAUUCCUUGUGCUUGAAGAGUUGUUUUGGAACAAGUCAUCUUUCCAAGUUCUCUCCUCUUUCUCCUGUCGUGGAAGCAGCUAUGACGCAGCCAACAGAGACCAAGGAAGAAUGUCCUGUGACCUUUGAGGAGGUGGACAUGGACUUCACCAGCGAGGAGUGGGAGCUGCUGGAUCCGGGCCAGAGGGCCCUGGCCAUGGAAGUCAUGUUGGAGAAUUUUGGGAACGUGGCCUCUCUCGGAGAGCGUCUGACUCCCAGACCUGUUCUUGGCUCCUGCCAGGAAGAAGAAGACAACAAAAAGGUGUUUACUCAGAACUCACUGGAAAUAAAGAUGGAAGCAGUUGAAGAUGUGUGGGAGAUGGUGAAUGAGAAGAAACCAGAAAGGCGAGCUCUGGAAAUAGACAACAGUCCUCUGGUGGAAGCAAAAUCUGGGGAUCAAGCAGCACCUGAGACACGGUGCAGAAGGAAAAGGGAAGGAAAACAGAAGCAAAGGAAGGAAUUGGUGGCCCAUCAGAGAAGAAGCAAGUCUGAGGUCUCAUCCCAAGAUGAAACAGGGAAGAGAAAGCAUAAUGGUGCCAUGAAGCAGAAGCUGUUCAGCAGCAAAUUUAGAUUUCAAACAUAUCAGAAUGUUGCAACAUGCUGGAAAAGGUAUAAAUGCAUGGAAUGUGAGAAGUGCUUCCUGUGGAGUAGUGCAAUAACUAGGCAUCUAAGGAUUCACACAGGGGAAAAGCCAUAUAAAUGCCUAGAGUGCGGAAAGUGCUUCUCUCAGAAGGCCCACCUAUCUGUACAUCAAAAGACUCAUAAUGGGGAGAGGCCAAAUAAAUGCUCGGAGUGUGGAAAGUGCUUCUCUCGCAUCGAUAAGUUAAUAGCACAUAAAAAGGUUCAUACAGGGGAAAAGCCGUAUAAAUGCUCGGAGUGUGGAAAGUGCUUCUCUCGGAUUGAUAACCUAAUAGUGCAUAACAAGGUUCAUACAGGGGAAAGGCCAUUUAAAUGCUUGGAGUGUGGAAAGUGUUUCUCUCGAAUUGAUAACCUAAUAGCGCAUAAAAAGGUUCAUACAGGGGAAAAGCCAUUUAAAUGCUUGGAGUGUGGAAAGUGCUUCACUCGGAAUGGCUAUCUAAUAGCACAUCAAACAAUUCAUACUGGGGAGCAGCCAUAUAAAUGCUUGGAGUGUGGAAAGUGCUUCUCUCAAAAUGCCCGCCUAAAUGCACAUCAAAAGAUUCAUACUGGGGAGACGCCAAAUAAAUGUUUGGAGUGUGGAAAGUGCUUCUCUCGGACUGAUAACUUAAUAGCACAUAAAAAGGUUCAUACAGGGGAUAAGCCUUAUAAAUGCUUUGAGUGUGGAAAGUGCUUCUUUCGGAUUGAUAACUUAAUAGCACAUAAAAAGGUUCAUACAGGGGAGAAGCCAUAUAAAUGCCUGGAAUGUGGAAAAUCCUUCUCUCGAACUGAUGCCCUAAAAUCACAUCAAAUUAUUCAUACAGGGGAAAAGCCAUAUAAAUGCUUGGAGUGCGGAAAGUGCUUCUUUCGGAAUGGUGACCUAAUUAAGCAUCAAAAGAUUCAUACUGGGGAGAAGCCAUAUAAGUGCAUGGAGUGUGGAAAGUGCUUUUCUCGGAGUGGUAACCUAAUAGCACAUAAAAAGAUUCAUACAGGGGAAAAGCCAUAUAAAUGCUUGGACUGCGGAAAGUGCUUUUCUCGGAAUGUCUAUCUAAUAGCACAUCAAAAGAUUCAUACUGAGGAGAAGUCAAAUAAAUGCUCAGAGUGUGGAAAGUGUUUCUCUCAGAAUGCCCACCUAAUUGUGCAUCAAACGAUUCAUACUGGGGAAAAGCCAUACACAUGCGUGGAGUGUGGAAUGUGCUUCUCUCGGAGUGAUAACCUAAUAGCACAUAAAAAGGUUCAUACAGGGGAAAAGCCAUAUAAAUGCUUGGAGUGUGGAAAAUGCUUCACUCGGAAUGGCUAUCUAAUAGCACAUCAAAGGAUUCAUACUGGGGAGAAGCCAAAUAAAUGCCUGGAGUGUGGAAAAUGCAUCUCUCAGAGUGAUAACCUAAUAGCACAUACUGGGGAAUCGCAAAAUAAAUGCUUGGAGUGUGGAAUGAUUAAACAUUCUAAGUUCUGGCACGUCCUGUCCUUCAUGUUCAGCGUUCAUGAGAUCAAUCGGAAUCCCAGGCUCUUGCCCAACAUUACUCUGGGCUACAACAUCUAUGAGACCUUGUCCAGUGAAAGGCUGACCUACGACGCCAUGUUAGAUCUGACAUCUGUGGAAUGGAAGAACGUCCCCAACUACCACUGUGGAGGUCAGAAUAAUCCAUUGGCUGUUCUUGAAGGAGCAACCACUGACAUCUCUAACUACAUUUCCAGCAUAUUGAGAAUCUACAAAAUCCCACAGGUCAGUUAUGGAUCUGAUGAGCAGAACACUGAUGAUAAAACUCAGUUACCAGUUUUGUUCCUGAGAAACCCCAAAGAGAAGACUCUUUUUCUGGGGGUUGUCAAACUGCUCCUGCAUUUUAGAUGGACAUGGAUUGGUCUGAUUGCUCCAGACACCGAGGACGGAGUGAAGUUCAUGAGGAAUAUGGUACCUUUGAUGAUCAGUAGCGGCAUCUGUGUCGCCUUCUCACACAGCAUCAAAGGAGAGACUGCAUUUUUUGUGGGGCCAAUACUAGCAGUGGGUGGCAUCGCUUUAUCCCUGAACCAGACAAAUGUUAAUGUCUUGGUUUUGUAUGCAGACUUUAACUUCCUGUUUCUUUUCAUGUUUUUGAAGGCAGCAAUUGAUAACACCAUGAAUGCCAUUGCGGGAAAAAUUUGGAUCACUAUGUCUUUGCAGAUCAUUAGGGUAGAUAAAGGUAUGCAUGGCUCUUUGUCUGUAAUCCAGACAAGAAAAAGGCAAACAUAUGACAAUUCUGACAUGCUUUUCGGUCGUGUGCAGCAGUUUGUGGAGGAAGCUUUUCAUUGUUCAUAUUCCAAAUACGUGUGGUCUGCAAAAGGCUGGCAGAGAUGUGCCGAGAAAGAUAAAAUAGAACCUCCCACUCAAGAUGUGCUUGAAAGAGUCCUAUAUGAUGAAGGCCACGAUAUUUACGUUGCUUUCCAGGUUGUGGCUCGUGCCUUGCAUUCUGCGUACACAUCAAGGAACGGUUGGCUGAUGGUGGGAGGUGGAGACAGACCGGAACUUCAAAGGGUGCAGUCAUGGCAGCUUUAUCCUUUCCUGAGGAACCUCCAGUUUUACAAUACUUCUGUGGAGGGGAACAGGGACCCAGCAGCAGAUAUCGACAUUGUAAACUGGGUGGCGUUUCCCAAUAAAUCCUGUGGUGGAGUAAAAGUCGGCAGCAUAGAGAGAAAAGCUUCCACAUCCCUGAAGGUCUCCAUUGAUCCAGAUGCCAUCGUGUGGCCCCGGGGGUAUAAUCAGGUGGGUAACCCAUUCAUUCAUCCUAUCAAUGUCAUGGAUUUGGAUUGUUUCGUUAUUGUUCUCAUUGAUAUGAUGAUUUUGGCUUAG